UAUGAAAAUUUUAAUUAAUGUGUUUGCAUUUUUCUGGGGAGAAGGUCCCUGGUUUUUAGCACACACUCAAGAGAAUGUGAAGACCCCAGGAAGAUUAAGAACCAUUGUAGUCAAAUAGCAAAUGACACCUCAUAGCCUCCCUUCCUGCUACUUCCUAAUCCCCACCCCAGCGUUUCUUCUCUUUUUCAUUUGAUAUCAAUCUAUUAGCCAUCUUCCACAUGGAAGGCCCCACUAGAUGCUUUGGGAACUAGAGGAAUUAAUUAGAAAUGACCUAUGCCCUUACAGAGCUUAGAGCCAAGCAAAGGAGGCUAGAUUAUGGAAUCAAUCGAGAGUUAAAAGGAAUUGCAAAGGUAAUCCAGUCCAGCUGCCUAUCAGAUGCUUAAAUCCUUUUUUUAAAAAUCCUCAACCGAGGAUAUGUUUUUUUUUUAUUUUUGUAGAGAGUGGAAGAGAGAGAGAGAGAGACAUCUAUGUGAGAGAGAAACGUUGAUCUGUUGCCUCCUGUGCAUGCCCCAAACAGGGACUGAACCUUCAACCUAGGUAUGUGCCCUGACUGGGAAUCGAACUCACAACCUUUUAGUGUAUGGGAUGAUACUCCAACCAACUGAGCCUCUGGGCCAGGGCACUUAAAUCCUUUUCAAAACAGCUCCACCAAGUAGUUGUCGACCCUGUGCUUGGUCACUGUCAUGGGGAGAUUCACACACUCCUAGGAUGACAUCUGUGGACAGCCCUAGGUAUUCAAAAGCUCUUUAAGUUCAGUCUGAGUCUGACUCUGUCUCUCUCAGUCAGUCCUAGAUUUAGCCCCUUUCCUCGCCACUCUGGCUAUGAGAAAGCUUACUGCUGCUACAUGUUCAGUGUGGUCACAGCAGGCUAAACUGAGAAGGGUCUGCUCCUGUCCCUUUCUUACGCACCGCUUGUUCUGUUCUUGCUUGGAAGGUUUCAGUCCAAAUUAUUUUUGAUGGUAAAGUUGACUCAGACUCUUCAGAAAUAGAUAUAAGUAAGUGAAGUGAAAUUAGACUAAUUUCAUCACAUCUGAAUGCAUGGAUUGCCAGAUACAAUAUUAUUUUAUGUGCUAUUAAGGGAGGAAAAAAAAAUGCUACCUGUUAAAUUGUGACCCACUGUCAUUUGAAAGAUGCAUCCUGACCUCAAAGAUGUUAAAAUAUGAAAAUGCUCACCUUAGAGUUGAUGAACUAUGGUACCUGGGCUCAGUACCUGCUUCUCCUAGGAAACGAGGAAUGAUGUUUUGGCUGAACUAUCAAAAACCGUUCCUGGGGGCAUGGGGGAUUUGAGCUCUGUGCUGCCUGAGUUAGCACUUCCUUUAUGGAACCAUUCAUUGUUCUAAUAACUAUGUUUUUAGUUGUGUUCAUUUCAGUGAAUGAAUUGGGACAUAUUAUUUGAUUUGGGAAACUUAAUUCAAGUUGAACACUCUCAUUCAGAUAUCUUACAGAUUGAAGUAGUAGAGUCUAAAGGAAGCUCUGAAUUCUGUGUAACUUGGCUGAGGUAAGAGUUCAGUCGCAUUGUCUCAGGAAAGGCUGUCUAGAGAAGCAUCUUGCACAGUCUCCUUUGAUCUCAUAUUUUCGUGUUUUAACUCACUGGGCUGGUGACGAUGCAGAAGAGCUGACACUUUCUCUUCUUUCCAGGAGAUGAAUGGAGUGCUGAAAAGCAUGCUCACAGAGUGGUUUUCUUCAGGGUUCCUAAACCUAGAGCGGGUGACCUGGCAUUCACCAUGUGAAGUACUUCAGAAAAUCAGUGAGUCUGAGGCUGUGCACCCUGUAAAGAAUUGGAUGGACAUGAAACAACGUGUCGGACCAUAUAGAAGAUGUUACUUCUUUUCUCACUGUUCCACCCCCGGGGAGCCCCUGGUGGUUUUGCAUGUGGCACUGACAAGUGACAUCUCCAGCAACAUUCAGUCCAUAGUGAAGGAGGGUCCUCCCUCGGAAACGGAGGAGAAGAACAGGAUCGCCGCAGCCAUGUUUUAUUCCAUCAGCCUGACCCAGCAAGGCCUGCAGGGCGUGGAGCUGGGGACCUUCCUCAUAAAGCGCGUGGUGAAGGAGCUUCAGCAGGGUUAUACUGGCAGGCUGGGCCCUAACUUCUGUGGUGCAAGGAAAGUUUACACAUCUAAAGCACUGGGAAGUUGCCAACCAGAACCCUGGGAUGGGGAAGUGAAGCCCACAAGGCGGCUACUGGGGAAAGAUGAAGCCUGCACAAGAGGUCAGCUGCCAGUGCCAAGCCCCCCACCAGCUGCAGCCAUGAGCAACUGGAGGAAGGACCACCUCGGUGCCAGCAGCUCAGAGCCCCUCAAGGUCAUCAUUGUCGGCAAUGGGCCCUCCGGCAUCUGUUUGUCCUACCUGCUCUCUGGCUACACCCCCUACGUGAAGCAGGGUGCCGUCCACCCACAUCCCCUGCUGCAGAGGAAGCUCUCCGAGGCACCAGGGGUCUCCAUCCUGGACCAGGACCUGGAUUACCUGUCUGAAGGCCUCGAAGGCCGGUGCCAAAGCCCUGUGGCCCUGCUCUUUGAUGCCCUCCUGCGCCCAGACACAGACUUUGGGGGAAACAUGGAAUCCGUCCUCACCUGGAAGCUCCAGAAGGAGAGAGCCAUCCCCCACGUGGUCCUGGGCCGGAACCUGCCUGGGGGAGCCUGGCAUUCCAUUGAAGGCUCCAUGGUGACCCUGAGCCAAGGCCAGUGGAUGGGGCUCCCGGACCUGGAGGUCAAGGACUGGAUGCGUAGGAAGCGAAGAGGUCUUCGUAAUAGCCGCGCCACGGCUGGGGACAUCGCCCUCUACUACAGGGACUACGUGAACAAGAAGGGCCUGGGCCACAACUUUGUGUCUGGCGCUGUGGUCACAGCUGUGGAGUGGGGGGUCCCUGAGCCCAGUGGUUCUGAGGCCCAAGACCCCAGCCCCCUCUUCCAGGUGAGCGGCUUCCUGACUGCCGAGGACCAGAGCCAGCAGCCCUUCUCCCUGUGUGCCCGCAAUGUGGUCCUGGCCACAGGCACGUCGGACAGCCCGGCCCGGCUGGGCAUCCCCGGGGAGACCCUGCCCUUCGUCCACCAUGAGCUGUCGGCCCUGGAGGUGGCCACAAGGACAGGCACAGUGACUCCAGACUCGGACCCUGUCCUCAUCAUCGGCGCAGGGCUGUCGGCGGCCGACGCCGUCCUCUAUGCCCGCCACUACAACAUCCCCGUGAUCCAUGCCUUCCGCCGGCCUGUGGACGACCCCGGCCUGGUCUUCAACCAGCUGCCCAAGAUGCUGUACCCUGAGUACCACAAAGUGCACCAGAUGAUGCGGGAGCAGUCCAUCCUGUCGCCCAGCCCCUACGAGGGCUACCGCAGCCUCCCCGAGCACCAGCUGCUCCUCUUCACCGAGGACCGCCAGGCCCUGUUCCAGGACCCCAAGGGCCUCCAGAAGGUCUUCGGCAUCUCGCUGGUGCUGGUCCUCAUUGGCUCCUACCCCGACCUCUCCUUCCUCCCUGGGGCAGGCACCGACCUCACUGUGGAUCCUGACCAGCCGCUAAGCGCUAAGAGGAACCCCAUCGACGUGGAGCCCUUCACCUACCAGAGCACGCAGCAGGAGGGGCUGUACGCCGUGGGGCCGCUGGCGGGGGACAACUUUGUGCGGUUUGUGCAGGGCGGGGCCCUGGCCGUGGCUAGCUCUCUGCUGAGAAAGGAGGCCAGGAAACCGCCUUAGCACUGGGCCUGGCAUCCUCACACCCAGGCCCUAAAGAGGAGGGAGAUCACCACAGCUCUGCUGGACACAAGAUGCCCCAGUGAGGGAAGGGGGCCUCUCCUGGCAGGAGA